AGCAAACAACGCGACCUCAGCCAACCCUUCCAGGACGCGACUAUAACACAACCGCCGCAACAGCCGGAACGGAAUGGACAGCGACGACGACUUUGGAGACGAUUUUGAUGACACUGCAUUCCUCGAGGCGGCGACACAGGCCGAGAAGGAGAACACGCCACCGGCAUUGCCACGGCUGCUCAAGCGGCGAAAGAUUGACCUCCAAGAUGAAAGGACCCGACCAACGCCACCAAGAAAGCAUGCGCGAAAUCAACGUCCACGCCCGUUUGUGAGCUCUGGGGAGGAUGAUGACGUCGACGAGGAGGAUCACGACGCGACUGCACUAGUAGCAACCCGCCGAAAACGCGCCUCGAGUGAAUAUGACGAUGGCGAUGAUUCCACCGUACCAACACGUGUUGCAUGGACGACCCAGAAUAAGCGAGGGCGGCCAAAGAUUAAUGACGAUGGAGAUGGGCGAGAUAGUGUGUCUCCGCGCAAGACUGGUGUUGCAGAAAAUCGACAGAACAGGAUCCACCAGCCCUCAGUUGCCCGUGACUUGACAGACGUUUAUUUGACUCAGCCACCGCGAGAGGCGUCUCCGCCUUGGAUGCCACGAGGAGCCAUAUGGAAAAAGCCCGCAACCAGCAUUGGUGUACAUACGCCUGUCGUUUUCGAUGCCAUGAAGAUGAUGAUGCCUAGCAGGCAGUCUAUUGCAUCAAGACCGGUGUCACAAGUCGCGAGACACUUAGAGUCGGCUUCCCCUGCAAGGCUAGCAGGAAUACCAAAGCUUCCGGCAAUUGAUGGAACGUCCAUGCUGUACGAUGCCACAGAAGAACUGGCUGAUCUACCUUCGGAUGCUUUUGCAUCUUCCCCAUCUUCGCCCCAAGAGCUUGACGAGGUUGUACUUGUCUCGGAAAGGCGCACCAGAGUUGCAGCAACGCAGGCCGGACUGAGGCAAACAACCCUAUUCGGCCGCCCGACUGCGAACGGCGAGAUCCCCCAGUCUCAAGCUAACAAACGUUACAAUUUUGUUGUAGACCAAAAGGAAGAGGCGCCCACGCAUCACAAGUUGGACCUAGAAGCCAUCAAAACGUGGGUUUACCCCACCAAUCUGGGCUCUAUUCGAGACUAUCAAUUCAACAUCGUUGCUCGAGGGCUUUUCCACAAUCUAUUGGUUGCCCUGCCGACCGGUCUUGGGAAAACUUUCAUCGCAGCUACCAUCAUGUUGAAUUAUUUUCGAUGGACAACCGAUGCGCAGAUUGUUUUCGUUGCUCCCACGAAACCUCUGGUUGCUCAGCAAAUAGAUGCCUGCUUCCAUAUCUGCGGCAUACCCCGCUCAGCCACGACCAUGCUGAUCGGUGGUGUUGCUCCAGCUAUUCGCGCAGAAGAGUGGGCGAGUAAGAGAGUCUUCUUCAUGACUCCGCAAACGCUCGUCAAUGAUCUUAAGCACGGCUACGCAGAUCCCAAAAGGAUCGUACUGCUCGUUGUGGACGAGGCGCAUCGCGCAACCGGCGCGUAUGCCUAUGUAGAGGCCGUGAGCUUUCUACGCCGUUUCAACAACAGCUUCCGCGUUCUCGCCCUUACAGCGACACCAGGUGCCGAUAUCGAGGCUGUUCAGAAAGUCAUCGAUGGACUGGACAUCUCCCGCGUGGAGAUCCGGACUGAGAGAUCACUUGACAUCGUCAAAUACAUACACCAUCGCAGAGUCGAGAAGCACGUUUUCAAAGAUAGCGAUGAGAUACAAAUGUGCAAAGAAUUGUAUGCACAGGCACUUCAACCUACAGUCAACAAGGUGGCUGGCUUAAAUGCGUUCUACUCGAAGGAUCCUCUAGACAUCACUCCAUAUGGAGUGACGCUCGCUCGCAGACGGUGGCAGCAAGACGCCGGCCAGCGCGCUACCCCAGCGCAAAAAGGCAUGGUUAACUCGGUCUUUACCAUCCUUGGAUCUAUCUCACAAGGAAUGGAGCUUUUGAAGUUUCAUGGAAUUGGUCCGUUCUACGUAAAGAUGAAAGAGUUCAAGGAAUCCCAAACGCAGGGCAAAUCGAAGACCAAGGAGAGUAUUUGCAACAGCGAUGCGUUCAAGAAGCUCAUGGUCAGGCUGCAGACGUGGACUAGCAACGAAAAUUUUGUCGGCCACCCGAAAAUGGAAUUCCUUCAACAGGCCGUCCUCGACCAUUUUGUGAACGCUGGGGAUGGGUCGGGCACCGAUACUGCUGCAACCCAAACUCGCAUUAUGGUGUUUGCUCACUUCCGCGACAGUGCUGAAGAGAUUGUGCGUGUCCUCCGAAGGCAUCAUCCCAUGAUCCGUCCACGUGUCUUUGUCGGUCAAUCAUCGGGCAAAAACUCUGAAGGCAUGAAUCAAAAAGAGCAGCUUGAUGUUAUCGAGAAGUUCAAAGCCGGUACUUUCAACACCCUUGUUGCGACCUCGAUUGGCGAGGAAGGUCUAGAUAUUGGUGACCUGGAUCUGAUCAUCCUAUACGAUUCGAAAGCUUCUCCUAUACGAAUGUUGCAAAGAAUGGGUCGUACUGGGCGCAAGCGUGAAGGCAAGGUCAUCUUCCUGCAAAUGGAAGGUAAAGAGGAGAACGAUGCAAACAAGGCCAAGGACAGCUACGAGAUGAUGCAGGAGCUCAUUGCGGAAGGCUCCAAAUUCAAUUUCCACGACGAAAUUUCUCGCCGAAUACUACCUCGAGAUGUCCAACCGGUCGUGGAAAGAAGGAUCAUCGAGAUUCCGAUUGAGAACUCUCAGUCAGACUGGCUUCCAGAGCCGAAGAAGAAGCGAGGCAGAGCCCCGAAAAAACCUCCGAAGAAGUUCAAUAUGCCUGAUGGUGUUAUUACCGGUUUCGUCACUGCUAAUUGUAUCAACGAAGAGAUCGCACCCAAGAGCCGAACCAAAAAGGCCACCCGAGUAUAUCCGAGCGAGGAGGUGCUGGAACUACCACCCUUGGAAACCGUAUACCUGGACGAACCGGCGUCCCAAGAUCUCCAGCACCGCUACGGUCGUGUUUUUGAGGAAGAUGACGAAUCGAUCAGCGCGUUAAAUUUGCGAGCGCAUCCAGAUCACCAACGAAUACUGUCCGGAACGCACAAUUUUCCCCGCCAUGGUCGGGCAACUCACGCCUUUGUAAGGACGGUUCAGAGAAUGCACGCUAUGGAUGAUGAUCGCGUGGACAACUUUCAAAGCAAACUCCACGUUGAGGAUAUGAAGGAAAUGCCUCCAAACGUCAUAGUGUCAGAUGAGGUUACGACCCCGGUCAUCACAGAUAUGUGGGUAGAGGAUGACCCGGCUUCGCAACUAUUGCGACAAGAAAACCCAAAGGCAAACUGCGGACCUAAACCUAGAGCGCGAGUAGAACCCAAGCGUGUAGAACCUGGAGAUAUGUGGGCUGAUGAAGACCCAUCCUCACAGCCAUUGUCCAAAGCCAAGGCCCAACCGCGACCAAAAGCCGCAGCGUUGCCCAAGCAACCAGCGCCACGCGGACGUCCACGUAAAGACGCAACGGCGACGACAACGCCUACGCGCCCACUUAAGAGGAAGGCCACAAUGUCCAAAAGACACACCUGGCAAGAUUCUGGCCUCGCUGACGAGGGUGCGGAAUCUUCUCCCCCGCUCACAGAUCCUCGAAUGAGGAUAGUGUCUCAAGCAGAGACAUUAGGUUCCGAAGACUCGGAAGGGGCGUUCGGCCCGCAGGACACUCAAGCUUAUCGAUUGGACUCUGAUCUAGUCAGUUUCAUCGCUGAGGACGACGAAAACGUGGACUUGCCGCCAACGUCAAGUCUACCCGGCGAUAGUUUCAGCGGCCUUGGGAAGGGCACGCAGGCUGUACUGAAAGCGGCGCAACCGAAACGACCCAGAAAGGCAGAGAAGAUCUUCACUAGCGAUAUCAGCGAUAAUGAUGCAGUCGUGAGUAGCGAUAGUGAUGACGAUGGUCCGCUUCGGACGAGCAAAGUGGCAAUGUCGAAUGCGAGAGCGUUUGUUAUUGACUCCGCUUCCGAGAUCGAGGAUGACGAUGACGAUGACGAUGACGAUGAACCAGUCGUACCCCGGAAGAAGGCUCGGCGAGUUGUGGAGGAUGAUGAAGAUGACGAAUGAUGAUUUGGUUACAAACCGUUGAUAUAGAGUGUAUAAUGCCCAUUCGAUC